GUGAAAAUGGCCGCGGCCACAGAAGCUCUCGGAGUGUCAACAGCACCUCAGGAUAUUUUGAAUGAAGUGAAUCGCUUUUUACGUGGGGCCAGCUAUGACAGUAAGAUCGGAGAAGAGAACCUUGCCCAGUCAGCGUUGUUCCUGCUGCGGACAAUGCCUGCCGCCCGGCACGCAGUGUUGGAACACUUCUGUAAUGUCUUUGAUGAGGCGGUCAACAACCAUCUGUUACAGAUGGAGCUGGGACAAAGUGUUACAGACGAGACUGUGAAGAUAAAAGAGGGAAUCCUCCAGGAUAUCUCUGGAGUACUUCUCAGCUUUAUCCAAGUCAACCCAGAAGCCUGGGCUCCCAUCCUGUCUGCUUGGUCCCUGGAGCUCCUGGGUCACAUCAGCUGCAAGUAUGCAGAGAAGCGAGGAAUGACUCACUCCAGCUCCCUAAACGAGGUGUUGCAGCUGUGGAUGACUUGCUCCCCCACCAAGCUUCUCAUGGAGCUUGCCUCCGAGUGCUUCGCAGCCAUGGUUGGUGGAGCCCCUGACAUCUGUGUAGAUGCUCUACUCGAGGCUUCCGUCAAGUACAGCCCACACUUUGACUGGGUCGUAGCUCACAUUGGAUCGUGCUUCCCGAAGAUGAUCAUAACUCGAGUGUUGAACUGUGGCCUGAAGGAUUUCUGUAACCUGGGAACCGAUAUGUCGGAGAGGGAAAUGUCCUCACGACAAAAGCUUCCCAAAAUGGCAUCGGUUGUAGGAAUUCUUGGACAUCUUGCCUCCAAACAUGGACAAGACAUCAGACGUGCACUCAUGAAAUUAUUUGAGGAGAGUUUAUGUGGCGAGAGUGAUGUGAUGAAGGUGAAGACUGUGCCGUUCCUGCUGCAGCUGGCGUCCAUGUCGCAGAUGUUGCUGCAGGUGCUCACCACAGACAUGAUCAAAGCCUUGACACCUGAAGUACUCAACAAACUUCACAGCCAAUUCUCCAAGUGGAAGAUGGCAAACUUAAAAGAAUACGAGAGCCUGCUGAGUCUCGUGGUCCACUUGGCGGUGAAGAGUGAUGUUGGCGGUUACGAUGUAGUGGAGUUCCUCAUCACAGCCGCUGCUCCUAAACAACAACAAGAUGGAAUGGAGGUAACCUGUCCAGUGAAGGAAGUCCAGGAUGCGUGUCAUGAACUGAUGGAUAAGCUGAUCUAUGAAAUCCAACACACGAUUCACUCCCGGAAGAAGAGCAUGCCCAACCAGGACUUGCCGCUACUUGCUGGACUGGCCGGGGACGUCCACCGACUUCUCAAACUCCUCAUAGAGAGCGAGGGGCAGAGCCAUCUAUGGGUGCAGCAGAUUUUGACGUUCGUUGCUCUGUACUCUGGCCAGUCCUGUGCUGCCACCAUCUUGUCAGGAGUCAUAGCUCAGUCGGUUCGGCCAAUGCAGUCCACAGUGUUUCUCAGACUGCAGAAGGGAAUAGAGAUUGGCAUUCCGAACCUGAUUACAACAACCAUGCGACACGUGUUUGACCUGCUACAACCUCACACAUCAACCAAUCAGCUCCGACUUCUAAAAAAUCUGCUGUUCCUCAUCCAAUGGGAGAAAAAGACAACGUCCUUCAAGACAAAGACCACCAGUUCCCAGCUGCGGAAGUGUCUGGAGAAGCACCUGUUGUCCCUGUCAGAGCUGCUGCUCCACCCCAGUCGGGACAUCUCCUCCACCGUGCUGCAGAUCCUCAGCCACAUCCAGAUCCCCCUCACGCUCCACACCCCCGUCCUCAUCUGUCUCUGCUCCAACCUCACCCACACCUUCUUCACCAUGCUGCAGUACACAGAUGAUGCCAAAACUUUAAGAAAUGUCCGGCUAUGUAAGAGCUGUUUCCGCCAGCUCCACCGCCAUUGUUCAGCACAGUGUAUGUUGAUACAGUUCCUGACAGAAGGCGCAACCUCCCAGGAGAACUGUUUUUUGUUUGGAGGAAAAUUUGAUUCCACAUCCAAAAAGAGUUUGCAAUCUCAAGACAAUGUCUCCUUGUUCCGAGAAAACCAACAGCGGGCGAUGUCCAUGACCUUGCCAAAGACUUCAUCCAGUGUCUUCCAUGCAGGGGUCAUAGGUCAAGGUCUCAAGCCACAGCAAAUCAAAAAUAAUUAUUCAAAGGAGCAAAUUUCUCGCAAUGUUCAGAGUCUUGUUGACGCUCUGCUCAUCUGUUGCCAAGAAAUUGUUGCUAGGGACGACAGUUUGUACGACUCCAUGGAAACGGAAGUGAAGGAGACAAGAAGUCAGAACAUCGACGAGGUGGCAGCGCGGAUGCUGAGCAGUGUGUUGGUGGAGCGGGCCACCCCCGAUAUGUUGUACAACGACACACACUGGCCAGAGGAGGAGUUUCUUAGGAUCUCACUCGAGAGGGACCUGCAGGUGUGGCGGCAGAUGGAGGAACACCCGGUCCUGUGGAGCAUCUUCUCCGCCUUCUCGCACAGUUCCAGUGUCAUCUGCUUCCUGUCGCCAGUGUUGAGAUGCAUUAUGGGAACUGUCCUGAAUCACUACGACAACUGCCGUGAGAAGGCAAUGAGGAACUGCCCCCAGUAUUAUGAUGCAGCCUGCUGUCUUGUCCAGUGUCUCGGGAGGAGCAAGAUGCUGCCCUCCCCACUCGGCCACGUGGUGGACUUGUUCCACUUUGUCACACCAUAUGAAGGCUAUCUGCUUCUCAUUGCAAUAUGGAGGUACAUCAAGGAGAAUCCCCCUACUAUCACAAGGAAAGAUUUAGAGAACCGAGUAUGUGAUGCCAAGUACACUGAGGUAGUCCGGUCCAUCAUCCACUCCAACAUCAACAAGAUUGGGCACCUGUACCAACGCUUCUUUGACCAGUCCACCAAUCAACAGUGAAACAUUCCCCAGGGCUGUCAGUUCAAAGAUCCUGUCACUUCUGACCAAUAACAGUGCUUCAAAAACAUUAUACCGUGACCUUUUCACCAUCAUGACCUCGCAAUAACCUUUCUAGUUGUAGGUCAAGGUUAUCUGUGCUGCAAAGGUCAAAACAGUUCAAGCCAAAUAGAUAAUGCAACGGAUCAUAAAGGACAACCAGACAAUAAAAUAUCCAGACUUAGGGCUCUUGAUGAUUAUUAAUGGAUCUCACAAAGGGAUAUGUCACACUGGAUGCCAUGAGUUCCUAUCAAAGUCAUUUGUUUGAACAAAGGAACGAAACAGUCAGAGUUGAAAAGUAGGGCUGGAAUUAGUCUACGAAGUACUUGUGCACCCCACUAGAAGUGUUGUAUAAUGAGGUGAGGGGAAGUGGGGUUUAACGCUGCAUUCAAGAUUAUUGCACUUGCAUAUAGUCUGGAAGGUAAUUUAAGGUACCGACGUUUACUACAAUAUCUGACCUGGGAAUCAUGCACGCAUGAAUAUGGUGUUAGCGUUGGGCAUCUCAACAUGCGUGAUUCCCGUGCACCCUUUCGAGUUGAGUUGAUUGGUUCAACUGUGUCAUAUGGCCCUGUGACGCAGGGGUAGCGUUAUGCAGAUGGCUGUUACAAU